AAUUUGUGCCACAAUUUAAUUAAAAAACAAAAUGGUAUAUUCCGACUAAUAUCAUGAUUCAUAAACUUAGCAAGAAAAUAUAAAUAAUUGGAUGAGUCAUUUUUUUUUCUUUAUUCAAAAACAAAAAAAGAAUUGGAAAAUCUUUAGAUAAUUUCUUGAAACUAAAACGACAUCGUUUGGUACGAGCAAACUGUUAGCACUAAACGGAUGAGAAGUGAUUGAUUUGAUCCACUCUCUCAUCUCAUUCUUUCUUUGCUCAGCGAUUCAAUUACAUGUCGGACUCAGUGAGUCACGGGGGAGCGAGUGAAGAACUAUGCUUCGCUCUUCUUCUCUUCGCCUCCCACUUCACCAUGGGAACGACAACGACAACAACAACAACCACCGCUUACCCACCGAGCAACAUCAUCGUCUUCUUCAAAGCUUUAACUUACCAUUUGAGCUCAAACAACUCCACGCCCACCUCAUCAAAACCCGUCUUCCUCUCACACUCCUCCCUCUCACCCGGGUUGCCUCAGUCUCUGCUCUCACCCCCAGUUUCUCUUACGCUCAGACAAUCUUCGAACGAGUAGAGAAGCCAGAAAUCUACCUGUGGAACUCGUGCUUGAAAGCUUUAGCCGAAGGCGAUUGUCCAAACGACGCGGUUUUGCUCUUUUACCAGCUUCGAAAGUUUGGUGUUUUUCCAGACAGUUUCACUCUUUCUUUUGUUCUCAAGGCGUGUCUGCGUUUGUUGGACGUUGGGAAUGGUAGAAUUGUUCAUGGGUAUGUGGAGAAACUUGGGUUGAGUUCGAAUUUGUUUCUGCAGAACACGAUUGUUCAUUUGUAUGCUUCGUGUGGAGAAAUGGCUGAUGCGUGGUUGCUGUUCGAUAAAAUGUCUGACAGAGAUGUUGUAACGUGGAAUAUAAUGAUAACUCAGUUGAUUAAGAGAGAUGAUAUUGAGGGAGCUUGUGGUUUGUUUUCACAGAUGCCUGAGAGGAAUUUGAGGUCCUGGACUUUGAUGAUUGCUGGCUGUGUUCAGUGUGGGAAGCCCAAGGAGGCUAUUCGUUUGUUCUUGGAGUUGGAGAAAGCUGGCUUGAAACCAAACGAGGUGACUGUAGUUGCUGUUCUUUCUGCUUGUGCUGAUUUGGGCGACUUGCAUUUGGGCAGGAGGAUUCAUGAAUACUCAACUCGAAGUGGGUUUGGAAGAAACGUCCGUGUCUCGAAUACUCUCAUUGACAUGUUCAUCAAAUGUGGUUGCUUGGAGGAAGCCCAAGGAGUUUUCAACGAGAUGAAAGAACGAACAGUUGUGUCAUGGUCAGCCAUGAUCCAGGGUCUUGCUAUGCACGGUAAAGCUGAAGAAGCUUUGAAACUUUUCUCUAAGAUGAUUCGAGUUGGCGUGAAGCCGAAUUGGGUGACCUUUUUAGGCCUCUUGCAUGCUUGUAGUCACAUGGGAUUGGUAGAAGAAGGUCGAAAAUUCUUUACAAGCAUGACUAGAGAUUAUGGCAUAGUUCCCAAGAUUGAGCAUUAUGGUUCAUUAGUGGAUCUUCUAAGCCGAGCAGGGCUGCUUCAAGAGGCGCACGAGUUUAUCAAGAACAUGCCUAUAAAACCGAAUGGAGUUGUGUGGGGAGCUCUCCUUGGUGGUUGCAAAGUUCACAAGAACAUUGAAUUAGCCGAAGAAGCAAUUAAACACCUUUCUGAAUUGGAUCCUCUCAAUGAUGGAUACUAUGUGGUUUUAUCAAACAUCUAUGCAGAAGCAGAGCGGUGGGAAGACGCUGCACGAGUGAGGAAAUUGAUGAGAGACAGAGGGGUGAAGAAGACGCCGGGGGCGAGUUCAAUCACAGUGGAUGGAACAGUCCACGAAUUUGUAGCCGGGGAUGAGAGCCAUCCUCAAGCUACGAAGAUAUUCGAAACAUGGGACAGACUAGUUGAGAAAAUGAAGCUGAUGGGGUAUGUACCUAAUACUUCUGUUGUGUUGCUUGACAUUGAAGAAGCUGAAAAGGAGAGGUUUUUGUACAGACAUAGUGAGAAACUAGCUGUGGUGUUCGGGUUAAUAAGCACGCCGGCUAGAACACCGAUUCGGAUAAUGAAGAAUCUUCGAGUUUGUGAGGACUGUCAUGAGGCUUUCAAACUGAUCUCAACUAUUGGGAAUAGAGAGAUUGUUGUGCGUGAUCGGAAUAGGUUCCAUUGUUUCAAAGAUGGUUCUUGUUCAUGCAGGGAUUAUUGGUAGUGGUUCACUUCUGCAAAGUUCUAAAUCUAUUAAUGUCAAUUAAUUGGUUGUAAUAACAAGUUUAUUAGCUAAAAAUGAAUCUACAAGCACUCAUAGAAAAAUAAUGGUUUUCAUUUAGCAAAUUUAUUUUGUAAUGUUCUUCUUACCAAACAAGUAAUAUUUGUGGACACUAUUUGUGACUGCCUAACUUUUUUCACUUAA